CCCUCACUAGCCGUUACUAUUGCAAAAUAUGGACGUCAUUCAAAAAUCUGACCGUUAUUCUCUCCUCAACCAAACCCCCUCCUUGCCUUCCUCCCAAACGCUUAUCUGAAUCAACCAAGAAAAUUUUUGCCAUUACGAAAAAAAUGGUGAACGACAAUGAGCCAGUCACGAGCCCCCAAAACCCGAAGGAUCCACCAAGAAAACAAUCACACGCUGUUGAAAAUGCCGGGAAAGACGACACUUUGUUUAGCCCAAGGUUCAGAUCAGUGGCGGCCAUGGCCGGUUGGGAUGAAGAGGCACUGCUUGUCGCCAGUCUUGUUGUUGAAGACACCCCAGAUCGCCAAAUUAAACACAAGAAACGCUCCAAUUUACAGAAUUUCAAGACCCCACCAACAAAUUCAACGAGAAAACGCAGGGCUCAGAGAAGGAGUCCUGCUUCAAUACCCGUGGUUGUUCUUGAUCUUGAUGAAGAUGGUUCCACUUCAAAACAAGAGAGUGAGAAAAACAAGAUUCAGUCAAGAGUUCCUGCAGAAAUGGAGAAGAAAACUGGAGAUGAUGAACUUGAUACUAAGGGAUCCAAGUCGACUCAAGAAGUUCCUUGCAUUGAUCGAUUACGUGAAGAGCUCUCUUGCGCGAUUUGUUUGGACAUAUGUUUCGAACCGAGUACUACACCUUGUGGACACAGUUUUUGCAAAAAAUGCUUGCGGUCUGCAGCCGAUAAAUGUGGAAAGCGAUGUCCAAAAUGCAGAGAUCUCAUCAGGAAUGGUAGAUCUUGCAAAGUGAACACAGUUCUUUGGAACACUAUUCAGCUGUUAUUUCCCCAAGAAGUUGAGGCGAGGAAGGCAGCGGCAGCCAGUCCCUCGAGUAAUACUGAAUCUCAGCCGAAAAGUGCAGCAAGAGUGAGUCAUUACAACGUGCGAAGCAGAAUUAUUGAUGCCUUGAAUAGUCCAGAGUCGGAAACUCGAGACCCUGAAAGAAGAAGCCAUCGUAUUAGAAGCCGGAGUUUCCGCUCGUCAAGCAGAAGAGAUGUUAGUGUGAGGGCCAGAGAGUUGCCAAGCCAGGAUGAGGAUGCUGCAUUUGCUUUGAGAUUGCAAAGAGAAGAAUUCAUGGAGGCUUUUAGGAGCCCCAGUGAACCGAGAAACUCACUUGCACUAGCUAGAGCUAACUUGAGAGCUAUGGCAUCACACGCUGCUAAUAUUCGUGUUAGACGCCAUGGAAAUUAGGCGAUGUACCUCUCACCCGAGAAAAGGUUACAAAAGUGUACCUCACACCCCAGUUAAGCCAUGUUACUGUCUUGGCCACGUUUGGUACGAGUAAUGAUCAUGAUUAGAUAGUAUAACAAAUCAAAUUUUACCCUUUUUUAUUUAUCGUGCAAAUUGUGUUAUAUUA